GCCGCCGAUAUAAAAUAAAACGGCGCACGGGUCUACCGGAAAAGUGACACAUUUUCUUAUGGUCGCUCUCAGUGUCUUCUCUCUGUGUGUACAUCAAAAGUAUAGUGAUUGUUUUACAGUAAAACGCAAAAUGUCGACACGAUGGUAUCCAAUAUAUCAGAAAGGUAAUCCACAACUGAGGGUGUUUUUACCGAAUUUCUGGAUGAAACUAAUUCAAUCUAAGUACAAGCAGCAAUCAAAUGUAGUAGUGUUUCACUGUUCCAUGGAAAUGACUACUAAAGAUAUAAAAAAUUAUCUAGAAAAAAUUUACGCUAUUGAUGUCGUUCAAGUGAGGAUGUACAUAACAAUGGGAAGAUUUAAAAAAGAUAGAUUACAAGGUGCAGUCAUCAAAGAGGAGGAUAGAAAAAUUGCUUAUGUCACACUGCCAAAGGAUAAAAAAUUUGAGUUUCCUACCCUGUUUAAAGAUUCAACAUAUAUUCUUGAUGAGGAAAAUAUCAGUCAAACUAAAAAGAAUUUGCAAGAUUUUAUAAAUGAGAGUAAAGCACCUGGAUUACCUGGAUGGUUUAGAGUUUAGUGUGUAUAUUAUGAUAUAAUAUGUAAAAAUUGCAAUUUUAAGUGUAUAAUUAAUAAAAACUGCUUGUUAAUAUUCCUGAA